CAACUACAUAAUUAAGAGAACAAACAUCUCAGCUCUUAAAACCCAAAACUUCAACUCUCUUUUUUUCCAUCUCUUUCUAUUCUCAUCUUUCUUUCUUUUGCAGAAGAAAACACAGAAACAAAAGAUCUUUUCUUUCUUUCUUUCUUUUUUACUGCAGGUGGGGUUUUUUUUUUAUAAAAAGAAAAUGAAGUGUGAAUAUUAGAAGAACAGUAGAGAGAUCUAAUUGGAUGCUAUAAAACGGGUCCACUUUGUUCUUGGGAAAGAUUCUGCACGCCCACAUGAUAGGUUAUGUAGACACCGAGCAAAGGAACCUUAAGGGGACCUCAAAGACGCUUGUUCUUGCUGGUUCAUGAAAACCAAAGUCUUUGAGAAAGCUGAGAGUUUUGUAAAGCUUCUGGUGGAUGCAAGAUUGAGUUGAAGAAAGAAAACAAAAGGAUAUUUUUUUGUUUGAUAUGGAAGGUGGUGGUGGUGGUGGAGAUGGCAGUUUCUUACCUAAUUCUAGCUUUGGAGCAUUCUCUGAGACGGCUAUGGAUAUGGAUUUCAUGGAAGAACUCUUCUUUGAUGGAUGUUGGCUUGAGACAACAGACGGUAAGAGCUUGAAGCAGACGGCACAGCCAGUUUCUGAUUCUACCACCAUGAGUGACAACAACAACAACAGCAACUCUUUCCUUUAUGGUUAUCAAUUUGCUGAGAACCCUUCACAGGAUCAUAUCUCCAACGAAGAGACAGGAAGAAAGUUUCCUCCAAUAGCACCAGGUUUUCUCAAGAUCGAAGAUCUCAGCAACCAACCGAUGAAUCAAGUACCUUUUCACCAGCCUGCAGCUACGAGUUCUGCACAAGCAGAGAAGUUUCUCCUUGAAGAAACUGAGCUAGGUAGAAGAUGGUGGAUCGCUCCAAGAACAAGACAAGGCCCUUCUUCAUCGGUGAAAGAUAGACUAGUACAAGCUAUAAAGGGUCUUAACGAGGCGGUGCAGGAUAAAGACUUCCUUAUACAGAUAUGGGUGCCGAUUCAACAGGAAGGCAAGAACUUUCUUACCACUUUGGAGCAGCCACACUUCUUCAACCCCAAAUACUUAAGCCUUAAAAGAUACAGAGAUGUCUCAGUGGCUUAUAACUUCCUGGCUGAUGAGGAUUCCAAGGAGUCUGUUGGUCUCCCUGGCCGUGUUUUCCUCGGGAAGCUACCGGAGUGGACACCUGAUGUUCGGUUCUUCAGGAGCGAAGAGUAUCCGCGAAUCAAAGAAGCGCAGAAGUGUGAUGUUCGUGGAUCAUUAGCUCUUCCUGUGUUUGAAAGUGGCAGUGGGACUUGUUUAGGUGUUGUUGAGAUUGUCACAACAACUCAGAAGAUGAAUUACAGGCCAGAACUUGAGAAUAUCUGCAAAGCUCUCGAGGCUGUUAAUCUAAGAAGUUCAGCAAACCUGAAAUCUCCAAGCAGAGAGGUCUAUAACCAGUUCUACUAUGCAGCAUUACCUGAAGUAUCAGACUUUUUGACAUCGGUCUGCAGAUCAUAUGAGCUGCCUCUGGCUCUAACGUGGGCACCGUGUGCUCGGCAAGGCAAAGGCGGAUCUCGACAUUCAGAUGAGAACUUCACCGAGUGUGUUUCAACUGUAGACACUGCUUGCUUUGUCCUCGACGAACAGAGCCAUAACUUCCUAGAGGCAUGCUCUGAUCACCACCUGCUUCAAGGUGAAGGAAUCGUGGGGAAAGCAUUCAAAGCGAGCAAACUGUUUUUCGUGCCCGAAGUAACCACUUUCAGCAAGACCAACUACCCUCUCGCACACCAUGCUAAGAUCUCUGGUCUACACGCUGCUUUAGCAGUUCCUCUGAAAAGCAAAUUCAAUGGUUCGGUUGAGUUUGUGUUGGAGUUCUUCUUUCCCAAAGCUUGCCUUGACACCGAAGCGCAACAAGAAAUGCUCAAGUCACUCUCUGUGACCCUGCAGCAGGACUUCAGGAGCUUAAACCUUGUCAUUGACAAAGAGCUGGAGCUAGAAGUGGUGUUUCCCGUUAGAGAGGAAGUACUUUUCUCAGAGAAGCCACUGAUCGACGCAGAGACAGGUGAGAAUCUGAAACCUUUGCCUUUGGAAGAGAUUUCUCAGGAAGAUUCAUCAUGGAUCUCCCACAUGAUAAAGGCCAACGAGAAAGGUAAAGGAGUGUCUCUUUCAUGGGAGUACCAGAAAGAAGAGCCGAAAGAAGAGUUCAUGCUGACAUCUGGCUGGGACAACAAUCAGAUUGGCCACAACAACUUUCUUUCAGAUGCUGAGCAGUUUCAGAAAACUUCAAAUUCAGGACUCAGGCUCGACAUCGAUCCUAGUUUUGAUUCAGGUUCCUUUGGCUUGGGACAAACAUUUCUAGGAAGUAGAAGACCAGGUGAAAAGAGAAGAACAAAAACAGAAAAGACAAUCGGUUUAGAAGUUCUAAGACAGUACUUUGCAGGAAGCCUCAAAGAUGCAGCCAAGAGCAUUGGUGUUUGUCCAACUACAUUGAAAAGAAUAUGCAGGCAACACGGGAUAACAAGAUGGCCUUCUCGUAAGAUCAAGAAAGUGGGGCACUCGUUAAAGAAACUCCAACUCGUUAUUGACUCAGUUCAAGGUGUUCAAGGCUCUAUCCAGCUUGACUCAUUCUAUACAAGUUUCCCAGAGCUAAGCUCACCGAAUGUAUCUGCUACUGCUACUGGCACUUCAGUCAAGAACACUGACCUGUCAAGGCAUUUGAAUGCUCAAACCGAGAACGGUGUAUCAGGUCAGGGAGGAGUCGCUGCAGCUCCAAGGUCACCACCGUCAUCUUCUUGUAGCCACAGCUCUGGUUCAAGCACCUGCUGCUCCACUGGAGCUAAUCAAAGCACCACUACUGCAAACACCUCAGCCACUACUCUGAUGGCUGAGAACGCAGGCGCGAUCUUGAAGAGAGCUCGUAGCGAGGUAAGGCUUCAUAGCGUGAACCAGGAGGAAACAAAGUCUCUCUCUAGAACACUGAGCCACAGAGUAUUCAGCGAGCACCCUCUUUACGAGAAUCUACCUCGGUUGCCAGAGAGCCGUAGCAGGAGCUUGAAAGCUGGAGGCGCAUCUAAAGUGAAAGCCACGUUUGGUGAGGCCAAAGUACGCUUUACUCUGCUCCCAACCUUUGGCUUCAGGGAGUUGCAGCAAGAGAUUGCUAGGCGUUUUAACAUAGAUAAUAUCGCAACGUUUGAUCUCAAGUACCUGGAUGAUGACAAGGAGUGGGUUCUUCUGACAUGUGAAGCUGAUCUUGAGGAAUGUAUAGAUAUUUACAGGUCAUCACAGAGCCGGACGAUCAAGAUCAGCGUUCAUGAAGCUUCUCAAGUGAAGCUGGGAGGUUCUUUUGGUAGCACAGGUCUUGGUCCUUCGUUAUAAUGAAGCAACGAGGUAAAGGUUUGUACCAAACAAGGAGAUUCUACUAAUUUACUAUAGUGUGUUAGAAAACAAAAUAUUACUCACCCAUUUUAUAUUAGCCAGGGGCAACGUUUGUAAACAUAUUUUCAGUGCCCUCACUGGAUCAUAUACCAUUUUGCAAGCAGUAGUAGUUGGACUCUGGUUUUCUGCAUCGGCUUAGCAGAUUUUUUGUAUAAUAAGGCGAUGCAUACCAGGAACAUAUGCUUUUUUUAUAUGUAUUUUUAUGUUCUGUACAUCAUUUGUCAUCUGGAUUCUACUACGCUCUGCAAGUAUAUGGCUCUAUUGAAAUAUUUCCUACAUUUUCGUUUCUCGACAUGAAA